AUGUAUCUCAGUUGGAUUGAUUACGCUGUUUUUGUUCUACUUUUGAUUUUCUCAGGUGGUAUUGGAAUUUAUCAAGGAUCUAUAAAAUCAAAACAUACAUCUACCAAAGAAUUUCUUGUUGCUGAUGGUCGAAUGAAGAUUUUACCAACGGCAAUGAGUCUAAUGGCAAGUAUAACUUCUGCAGCAUCAUUACUUGGUGUACCUGUGGAAAUAUAUUAUUAUGGAACAAUGUUGGUCUAUUCUACAACAUAUAUAACAAUGAAAGUUUUUAUUCCUAAAUUUCAUCAAAUUGGAAGUGUUAGUAUCUAUGCAUAUCUUGAACAACGUUUUUCAUUAACAAUUCGUAUUUUAGUCACAUGUACUUUUAUUUUAAUCACAAUUCUAUAUAUGUCUGUAAUUCUUUAUGGACCAAGUUUAACUUUGAGUCAAGUAACGGGAUUAAAUAUUUGGAUUGCAAUUGGAGCAUGUGGUUUAGUUUGUACAAUUUAUACAAAGUAUAUGGACGAAUUAUGUAAUGAAUGUGAUCCUCUUCGUGCGAAACUUAUUUCUCGACCAGAUCAAUUAUAUCCAUUAUUUGUAGUUGAAACAUUAGGACGAAUACCUGGUUUAACAGGUCUUUUUAUAUCAUGUAUAUUAAGUACAACGUUAAGUACAUUUUCAAGUGGAGUAAAUAGUAUGGCAACAGUUAUUCUUGAAGAUAUUUAUAAACGUUUAUCAAAACAAUCUUCAAUGUCGGAUAAACAUCAAGUUAUUUUUUCAAAAAUCUUAUCUGUAAUAAUUGGUUGUUUAACAGUAGUUCUUGCAUUUUUUGUAUCUUAUAUGGAAAAUAAUAUGAUAACUAUAAUUUUACAAAUCUUUGGUACAUUUGCUGCUCCAAUCCUAGGUGUAUAUUUACUUGGAUUAUUUUCAUCACGAGUUAAAAGUCGAAGUGCUGUUGUUGCCUUUUUUCUCUGUUUAAUAUUUCAAAUAUUUAUGCUUGUUGGAUACAUAUUGACUGUUAGACCAGCAAAUAAACAUGGAGGCUGA